AGCAGCUGCUGCUUCCCUCCUCUCCUCUCUACAGUAUCUGCCUUAUUUAAAGACCCUUCUGUUACUAGCCAAGCUGGGGACUGUCACAGGCUGUAACUAGCCUCUUAGGGGAAGCCCCGGACUCUGCAAACACUAACUCCUGAGCCGGAGACUCCAGGAUUUCCCAUUCCCAAACAAGACAUGAUCUCCAGCCGGGAAUGAGAGGAAGAGCCUAAUCUCCAGAGCUGCGAUGAAAAGGAGACGCUGAGUGGCACCUGCGCAGGUGAUGGGAUUAUGAGUGAGAAUGAGGAGUAUGCCUACCAGGAAGGUCCUGAGUUAAUGGAACCAUGUGGCACAUUAUCAGGAAUACCCCAAAGGAAUAUUUCCCAGAGUCCUAAGCAAAGCAAAGCUUGUGAGGGUCAGCACAAAUCAGAAAGGCGUCAGACAACUGCUGCAGAGAAGAGACAAGGUAAAUCAACUGCUUGUGAAAGAGGUUUCGGGAAAUUGCCAGACAUUGACCAGCUGGGAAACCCCACUAUGGGGAGAUCAGCAAUAUGUGAUGACUGUGGGAAAAGCUUCAGGGUGAGCUCAAACCUCAGACAGCAUCAGAGAAUCCACACAGGAGAGAAACCCUUUGGAUGUGCCGAGUGUGGGGAAAGCUUCCGGCAGCGCUCGCACCUUAUUCAGCAUCAGACAAAGCACACGGGGGAGAGACCUUAUGAAUGUACCGAGUGUGGAAAAAGCUUCACUGUGAGCUCAAACCUUAUUCGUCAUCAGAUAAUCCACACUGGAGAAAAACCCUAUAAAUGUGCCGAGUGUGGCAAGAGCUUUAGUGGGAACUCACAGCUUAUCCAGCAUCAGAGAGUCCACACAGGUGAGAAACCCUACGAAUGUGGUGACUGUGGGAAGAGCUUUAGUGUGAGCUCAGCCCUUACUCGUCAUCAGCGAACCCACACUGGCGAGAAACCUUAUGAAUGCACCGUGUGUGGGAAAAGCUUCAGUCAGAGCUCAGACCUUAUGAAACAUCAGAGAAUUCACACAGGAGAGAGGCCCUACGAAUGCACUGACUGUGGGAAGAGCUUCUGUGUGAGCUCUCAUCUUAUUCAGCAUCAGAGAAUCCACACAGGAGAGCGCCCCUAUGAGUGUGCCGAUUGUGGGAAAAGCUUCAGUCAGAGCUCAGACCUUAUGAAACAUCAGAGGAUCCACACAGGGGAGAGACCAUAUGAAUGUGCUGAGUGUGGAAAGAGCUUUAGUUGGAGCUCAGCACUUAUCAAACAUAGCAGAAUUCACACAGGGGAGAGACCCUAUGAAUGCGCCGGGUGUGGGAAAAGCUUCAGUCAGAGUUCGCACCUUGUUCAGCAUCAGAGAAUCCACAUGGGAGGGAAUCUCUGAGACUGGGAUGAGAAUGGGGAAGGCUUUGUGUCAGAUAUCCCUCCCAACAGAUAGAAGCCAAGUGUGUUUCUUUGGGCCUGUACGGCUCUGACCUGUUCAUAGAGAACGAGAAGUGGAUUGUUGAGGAUGGAGUGUAGUUAGACAAAGAGGAAAGGUUGGUGCAGUGAGAUAAGUCAUAUAGAGGAAUGUGUGGUGGGAGC